CACCAAUAGGGAUGUGAUGCUUCUGCUAGAGCUGCUGUCCAUAGGCUGAGCACACAGUAUCUAGAAGGGGAUUCACUGGGUACAGUUAGUGCACAGAGUCUCAGGCAGACUCUAAGACAUCAGGGGAUUCCCCUCUGUGCAGAAAGUCUUCUUGGUGCUCAGUCUCUGCUCUGUGUCCAGGAUGCAGCUCUGCAAGGGACGUUUCCUGGGGAUCUCUGUGGCUAUUGCACAUGGGGUAUUCUCUGGUUCUCUUAACAUCCUGCUUAAGUUCCUAAUAAGCAAGUACAAUUUCUCCUUCCUAACCCUAGUGCAGUGCAUGACCAGCUCCACUGCAGCUCUGACCCUGGAGGUGCUCAGACGUUGUGGAAAGAUUUCUGUCCCUCCAUAUGGGUUCCAGCUCGCCAGGAUGUUUGCAGGGGUAACAAUUCUCUCCACUCUGCAGUCCAGCCUGACACUAUGGUCUCUGCGAGGACUCAGUCUACCUAUGUACGUUGUGUUCAAGCGAUGUCUGCCCCUGGUGACACUAUUAAUUGGAGUACUGGUGCUUAGGAACGGGCUGCCCUCUGUAGGGGUGCUCAUUGCAGUCUUCAUCACUACUUGUGGGGCUGCCCUGGCAGGGGCUGGUGACCUGAGUGGAGAAGUUGUAGGAUACAUAACCGGAGGGCUGGCUGUAUUAGUUCAUGCUGCAUAUCUUGUGAUUAUCCAGAAGACUAGUACAGAUAGUGACCACGGGCCUCUGACUGCACAGUACAUCAUUGCCGUUACUGCAACUCCUCUGCUGAUAAUUUUCUCAUUUGCCAGUAUGGACAUGAUCAAUGCAUGGUCCUUCCCAGGUUGGAAAGACCCAGUCAUGGUUUGUACUUUCAUUGCAUGUACUUUGAUUGGUUGCGCCAUGAAUUUUACCACCCUACAUUGUACGUAUAUAAAUUCGGCUGUCACUACAAGUUUUGUUGGAGUGGUGAAGAGCAUAGCCACCAUUACAGUAGGUAUGCUUGCCUUUAAUGACGUAGCACCCACUUCCCUUUUCAUUGCUGGUGUGGUUGUCAACACAUUUGGGUCCGUAAUCUACUGUGUAGCCAAAUAUUUUGAGACACGGAGACAGAUCAACUACGAAGAUUUGGAAAAAGAGACAAUGAAAGAUGAAGCUCAAGAUGGGCAGCCACCACCUUUUGCUAUGGAAGAAAUUUUACAGGACAAUAAUUCUGAAGGACAGGCCCUAGAAAAGCCAGUGGCUGAAACUGAGAAUCCAGCUGAUGAAAAAAAAGAAAGCACAUGGGCUGCAGUUUUACAAUCACAUGGCACCCCUAAGACUUCUGAUGAAGAUAAUAGGAGUCCAUUAAAAGAUGCAUAUCUUGGAGUAUGGAGGAUGGUUAGGGGUACUAGAUUUUUAAAGAAGGAUUAUCUUAUAGAGAAUGAGGAACUUCCUAGUCCUUAACAUUUGAUUAAAUUAUGAUUAUUAAGGAACUUACAUUUUAUAUUCUGUCGCAAGAGAUGAGAGAAAUAUCCUGCAGAAAUGUUGGCACACUUUUAGUUAACACUCACACAUCAUAUACAAAUGUAUUUAUUUUUUCAUUUACACACACACUUUUAAGAUCUCCUCCAUCUGUAACAGAGAGCAUUAUAUAUUUGCAUUUUAUCAGUUAUACAUAUUUAUCUUGUAUACAUUAUUACAGUCUUCCUACAAAGGUAACAUAAAAGGGGUAUGCAUCUUCUCAGAAAUAUGUGAAACAGGAAAUUUAACCAGAGGAUACUUAUUUACAUUCACGACUAAAUACCAGGCAAGUAAGAAACAUUCAUUAUACCCAUUCUGUAUUCACACAACAAAUGAGGCAUUUACUAAUUUAAAUGUACACCUCAUAUAAUUCGAUUAUUUUAUUCAUUAAAGUUUUUUAUUUUGUCAUUCAGAAGCUUUUACUGUACUUCAAGGGGUUUUACAGCCAACAACACUCAUCACCUAUCCAGAGCAUAAGUGGUGAGUGCUGGGGAUCUGACUGUUGGGACAACAAUCAGUCAUGAGAAUGGGGUCUAUUUUCCCCCAAGUCAAAUGGAGCAGCAGUAGGAUGGGGCAUGGGAUGCCCGUUCUUGUGAUAAGUGGUGGUCCCACAUAUCUUGUGGAUCGAUCAUGAGUGUUGUUGUUGAAGAAACCUCUCUAGUUGCUGUGUCUUGCUUUGAAAACACACACAAUGAAAGAUUUUGAAGGGGCUUUGUUUUACCUGUACAAAAUAUUAUUUAGUCUAUUUAUUAGUUGUCAUAGAUCUCACAUCAUGACAACAUAAAUAUCAACUUUGCAGUACAGUGUUAGGGUAGGGUCACAUUUAACGCAUCUGCAGCGUAUUUUAUGCUGCAGAUCUGCCAAUUACAGACCCUAGAGUGAACCCCCUGCCUGUGUCCCUAUGCCUACUUGUAACAGCAAUCUGCUGCUAUGAGCGCACACACAGGGAUCUGCAUGACUGUAGUAAACUGCGCAUGCACAGUUUUUACUCACAGGCAUCAAGGCUGCUCCUCUGCUCCCUGAGCUUGGUAGAGAGCUGCUGCGAUGUCCGAGAGUAAACUGAGUAUGUGCAGAUCCCUGUGUGUGUGUGUGUGUGUGUGUGCUCAUAGUGUCAAGGUUGGCUGCUGGUUAGGCCUUAAAAUGUGCAUGACUGUCGCUGUAUACUGCUGAGUGUCGACACAAGAAAUUAACACCAGACAAAAUGUUGGUAUAUAUCUCCUUCUCAGCAUACUGGCUAAGGAGCUGUCCCAAGGAGUUCUGUUUAUUAUAUGGAAGUUCAAAUGUUUUGUCUCCAACUUCCAACCUUUUCUUUAUCUUGCUUCUUCUGGCCUCAUCCCAAGGUCCUCAUCUUAGUUACAAGCAAAUAGCAAGCUGAUAUAUAGGUUAAGGGCAGGUAACAAAUAUCUUUCUGCAGCAUUAGCAAUGGCAUAUAAGUAUUAAUAUAUUGAUCAGCCAUCAGAAUCAUUAUGAUCAAUUUCAACAAUUCCCCCCUAAAGAUAUUUGUUAAACGUAACGUGGUUUGAGACAAGUGUCUCUUUAUGAACCACCCCCCUUUGUACCCAGACUGAUCCUUCACCUGGGACUCCUAUAUUAGCCCUACUCAGGGUUUGCCCUUGCGCCAUUGGAAUACAGGAUAGUUGUUCUCAUGGGGGAAAUUCUCUCAGUCAUGCUUGGGUCUGAUGUACCAAUUAGGUUCAGAUAAGCUGAAAUAGUAGGUUCAAUACAUUGCCCCUGUUGGAAUUGCGGCCUCUACAGUGGAGGCUAUUGUUUUCUGUACACAGGGGACUAUGCAACAUUCAAUUAUUAUUAUCAUUGCAAUGAAAACCACUUAUGUGAUAACUACUUGGAGAAACCAUUUUUUUCAGUCUCCUAACCGUGAGAAAUAUUGAUCCCAGGGGGGACAAAUCCUAUAGCUUCUUUAUGGCCUUUGUAACCUUACCAUUUGGACCAGUGUUACCUGGUAUGUAAGUGCAACAUGUCUCACCCAUCAUUUUACAUACCCCUCCUUUUUCUGCCAAUAUCAUAUCUAGGGCCAUUCUAUUCUGGAAGGUCAUGGUAGAAGUGGAUUCUAACUGUUCAGCUAAUUCUUUAAGGGCAUCCCUUCUAUAAUUUACAAACCUUUGUUGUUUGUAAUAUAUGUAGUUUAUCCAUUCAACAUUUUUGCUGGCAGGGAUCAUAGGAAAAAUGUAUUCAAACCCUGCCUUUACCUGGUCUCUUGCUUUAAACUCAUCAGUUACCCCCCUUGGGACUCCAAUAGCAUCGAAGUACACAUGUGGAUCUAGACUGCCUCCAGGGGCCUCCCUCUUCCUCCUACUUUGAGUAUCAACUGAUUUAGCUAAUUUAAUCUCAUACUCCUGAUCUGGGAUUAUGUGCAGAGGCAUUAGAACUUUGGCUAGUGCACAUUCACCCGUCCAAUCACCCUCCAGUCGUGCUCGGAUUUUCAUGCCACCACAAAUCCAAUAGAUGUCACCUAAGGGGUAAACCUGAUUUUGUGUCUGCGGUCCACUUAGUUUGCUGUAUUCAGAACAAUACCUUUGGGAAAAUUUCCCAUAAAUGUACUUUUCCCUUUUCUGCUAACAUAGCAGGUGUAGUUUACUAUUGUAAACGGUAAUCCCCUCACCUGGCCUUGUGCUCUCAGUUUUUAAAGGGUACUCUUUCUUCCAGUGUACACAUUUUGUAUAGUCAGUGGUCAUGUUGGUAAAAAGACUAAUAAAACACUGCUGACUCUCUUCUGGAAUGUUUAAAGGAACUGUACCAAGGUGAGGUCUAGCUGCAGCACAUACAUAACAUGCUGAUUUGCUAUGUUUUUUAAUGGUAUAUUUUAUCCAUUCUAGCCAUAGGUUAAUGUCUGAGGACCCGGUUUCAACUAUCAUGGUAUCCUCAAUUGUGGGGUCUGCUGUAGUUACCAUUUGAUCUUUAAAAGCCUGGGCAUGUUGCAGUAUGGGAUUUAUUAUUGGUCUUAAAUGAUCUUUGAACUCAUUUGAAAUGGCCAUGUCCAUGAGCCUGAAUUCUCCCCAAUUACCCCUUGAGUGUCCCUCCAUAUACAACCCUAGAAUAUAUUCCCCCUGAUCUUGUGGACCGGGGUUUUCUAUCUUGAUGGUAAGAGGCAUAUUAGAACCAGUUUUUCCAUUUCUGUUACAGGAGCCCGUUUUAGUAAGUAUUAUUCUCUGGCACCUCGGGACAAUUCACUAUGUCACUGUAGUCACUGGAAGAGUCAUACCAAAAUGUGGGAUACAACCCUUGGGUCAUUGCCAAGUCGGCCCAGUAGUGUUGUGGAGUCGAAUUGGGGUGCUGGGUUUGCACUCCACUUAUACAUAAAAGCAUAUAUAUCAAGAACAUGAUGUAUGAAUCCUCUUGCAGUGCGAGGCGUGUAUCCAUGUUGAUUUUCCUUCCAGUUUCACCGAGGUUGGAGUUGUCAGUAGAACCUGGUAAGGACCUUCGAAUCUAGGUUCCAGCGGCCCCCUCACGUGUCUUUUCAUGAGGAAAAACUCACCAGGCUGCAGAUUGUGACUUCCUGGUUUAGUGUCUGGAUCUGGAAUGGAAGAAUAAACUGCAGCAUGUGUUACUCUCAGCUCAUUACACAGUGUGAUAACAAACUUUACCAGACUAUAAUUUCCUGCACUAAGCUGCUGAGGGUAGUAACAUCCUAGCUGAGGGACCCCCCAAAAAGGUGUCUAAUAUGGGGUUAGACCUGUUGGCUUUCGGGGUGUGUUUCUAACAGAGUGCAAAGCUAUGGGCAGCACUUCUGGCCAUGCAAGGGACAGUUCUCUUCUGGCUUUUAGGAUUUUGUUCCUUAGGGUGCCAUUCAGUCUUUCAACUUUCCCACUGCUCUGGAGAUGAUAUGGGGUAUGGAGUCUGAGGUCUGCUCCCACCAUUUUCCAUAGUUCUCUUUUAAUCAUUUUCCAAAGUUCUUUUGUAAUAUCUGCAAUGAAAGCCGGUCCUUGGUCGCUUUCAAUUAGUUAAGGGACUCCAAAUCUGCAUACCAGCUCUGUUAGUAGUUUCUUUACAGAAGUCUUUGCUGUAAUAUUAGUAACCGGGUAGGCUUCUGGCCAUCCUGAGAACAUGUCCACCGCUACUAGCAUGUACUCAAUGUUUGUUUCCACUUUUGGACAAUUGAAUGUGGUCAAUCUGGAUCCUCUGAAAUGGGUGGCAAGGUUUGGCCAAGUGUUUCUUAGGAGUAACUUCUGUUCUUCCAGGUUUACAGGUGGUGCAAAUGUCACAUCCCUUGACAUAUUGUUCAACUGAUGUUGUUAUUCUGGGUGCAAGGUAGAUUUUGUUGAUAGAAGUGAUCAUUUGUUUUUUUCCUCUGUGGGUGACUCCAUGAGCCUAUUGAGUCACCCCCGGGUAAAGGGCUUGGGGAAGGCAAAUCUUGUUUGCUUUUCUCCAUAGGCCAUCUGAUUCAUUGAGCCCAGCUCCCAUUUUCUCCCACAUGCUCUUUUCCUUGUCCAAGGCUUGAGUCUAGAACUGUUUCAGUGUCUUGAGUCUAGGGUUUUCAUAUUCCUCUUCUGAUUAUUUCUUCCAUUUUCUUGUCACCACAAAAACCCCUGCUUCCUCUUGAGAAAGGGGCAGUAUUGCAGCUUCUUUAGCUGCUUGGUCUGCCAAGAAAUUGCCUUUAAGGCUAGGGAAAAAAGGAGCGGACACACAUAUGACAAUAGUAACUUUUUAAGCAUGGAUUUAUAUGUCUCCGUGCACUUACUUCACCAAGGGGAGCCGAUAUCAGUCCUGCUCCCCUCAGUAAAGUAAGUGCAUGGAGACAUAUAAAUCCAUGCUUAACCCCUUAAGGACCGAGGGUUUUUCCGUUUUUGCAUUUUCGUUUUUUCCUCAUUUAAAAAAUCAUAUUUAAAAACCAAUUCUACUUUGUAAUGAUGUCAGUCAUUUUGCCCCAAAGUCUACGGCGAAACAAAAAAAAAAAUCAUUGUGAGACAAAAAAAAACAACAAAAAAAACAAAACGCUGUUUUGUAACUUUUGGGGGCUUCCAUUUCUACGUAGUACAUUUUUCGGUAGAAAAUUACACCUUAUCUUUAUUCUGUAGGUCCAUACGAUUAAAGCGAAAUCCUACUUAUAUAGGUUUGAUUUUGUCGUACUUCUGGAAAAAAUCAUAACUACAUGCAGGAAAAUGUAUACGUUUAAAAUUGUCAUCUUCUGACCCCUAUAACUUUUUUAUUUUUCCGCGUAUGGGGCAGUAUGAGGGCUAAUUUUUUGCGCCGUGAUCUGAAGUUUUUAGCGGUACCAUUUUUGCAUUGAUAGGACUUACUGAUUCAUUUUUUCAUGAUAUAAGAAGUGA